AUGUUAUCCUCAAGAGAAUAUAGACGUUCCAUUUCGAUUGGUCUUGUAGUCACCAGUCUCACAUUAAUCACUUUCGUUUAUGUUGGUUCUUCUACGAAUAAUUAUUAUACAGUGUUGCAAAAUUUUCAAUUUUCUCGUGGUAAAAAUCUAAGUGAUCCAUCAUCAGUACGUGUAUUAUGUUUAAUAUUAACAUCACCAAAAUACAUUCAUACACGAGCAAAGGCUGUUCAUGAAACAUGGGCACCACAAUGUGAUCGUCACUUUUUUAUAACAGAAUAUUUUGGAAAUAAUAUAACAUCAAAACAAAUCAACGUUACAGAACAAAUACCUAUUGCACCAAUAAAAAAUAUUACAGCUGGUUAUGAUCAUCUAACACAAAAAUCAACAUUAGCUUUUUUAUUUGCAUAUGAAAAUUACUUGAAUGAUUUCGAUUGGUUUGUCAAAGCAGAUGAUGAUACUUAUGUGAUUGUUGAACAUUUGAAAACAUUUUUAAAUGAACAAAAUCCAUCGGAACCUGUUACAUUUGGAUAUAAUUUUAAGAUACAUGUACCAAAAGGAUAUCAUUCCGGUGGAGCAUCUUAUGUGUUAAGUCGAGAAUCAUUACAACGGUUUUAUGAAGCACAUAAAGAUCCAACAUCAAAUUGUCGUAAAGAUGGUGGUAGUGAAGAUGUUGAAAUAGCUAAUUGUCUUCGUACAAAAGGUGUUUAUCCAGGUAAAUCACUCGAUAAACAAAAUCGUGAAUUAUUUCAUCCACUUUCAUUUACUGAUCAUUUUCGGGGUUUAUUUCCUGAUUGGCUUGAAACAUAUGCUGAGAAUCCACCACAAAAUAAUUACAAUUGUUGCAGUGAUCAAACAAUUUCAUUUCAUUAUGUUAGACCUGAAGAACAAUAUCUAAUGUAUUUUCUACUAUAUAAAACUCGAUCAACAUCACAUAUUGAUCCAAAAUUGAUUAAAACAUCACAUAGCUCUAUGAUACCGGUGAACUAA